GUGUGAAGAGGGAAGAGGGAGCAGACGGAGGCUUAGCUGCCUUUGCGCUGGUCCUCGGCACCUCCCUCCGCUUUGCCCGAGCCCCCUGGUCAGCAUGUCGUCUGCACAUUUUAACCGAGGUCCUGCCUACGGCCUGUCUGCUGAAGUAAAGAACAAGCUGGCCCAGAAAUACGACCAUCAGCGAGAGCAGGAGCUGAGAGAGUGGAUUGAGGGGGUGACGGGCCGCCGCAUCGGGAACAACUUUAUGGAUGGCCUCAAAGACGGGAUCAUUCUUUGCGAAUUUAUCAACAAGCUCCAACCGGGUUCUGUGAAGAAGGUCAAUGAGUCAACCCAGAACUGGCACCAGCUGGAGAACAUAGGUAAUUUCAUCAAAGCCAUUACCAAGUAUGGGGUGAAACCUCAUGACAUCUUUGAGGCCAACGACCUGUUUGAGAACACCAACCACACACAAGUUCAGUCCACUCUCCUGGCUCUAGCCAGCAUGGCCAAGACAAAAGGAAACAAAGUCAAUGUGGGGGUCAAAUAUGCAGAGAAACAAGAGCGGAGAUUUGAACCUGAGAAGCUGAGAGAAGGCAGGAACAUCAUUGGACUACAGAUGGGCACCAACAAGUUUGCCAGUCAGCAGGGCAUGACGGCCUAUGGUACCCGGCGUCACCUCUAUGAUCCCAAACUGGGCACAGAUCAGCCCCUGGACCAGGCGACCAUCAGCCUGCAGAUGGGCACCAACAAGGGCGCCAGCCAGGCUGGCAUGACUGCACCAGGGACCAAGCGGCAGAUCUUUGAGCCAGCUCUGGGCAUGGAACACUGUGACACACUCAACGUCAGCUUGCAGAUGGGCAGCAACAAGGGGGCCUCACAGAGGGGCAUGACAGUAUAUGGGCUGCCUCGCCAGGUGUACGAUCCCAAGUACUGCCUGAACCCAGAAUACCCAGAGCUGGGUGAGCCCACCCACAAUCACCACCCGCACAACUACUACAACUCUGCCUAGGCCCCCUCCCCAAGGGCUGGCUGCUGCUCUUGGCUGGACCCAGCUGGCCCAGCCAACCCCAUCUCCUGCAUGGCGUCCCCCCAGCCCCCUGGCACCUGCCUAUAGGGUUACAGUUUGGGGAGAUCAGGGCGAGGGGGACAAUGGGAAGAAGGGGGCCCCUCAUCCCUGGAGCUUUUGCAGGGCCCAACAUAGAAUUGGGUGUCCCCAUUAGCGCCCAAAGGAAGCACUGAGUAAAGCUAUUCCAGCUGCCCCCCCUUUACUCCCUCACAAGUGAGUACCUCCCAGAACCAGAAACCCUUCAAGCAAAGCCCCCAGAACCCAGGCUUGGCCUGACCCCUGCCCCAUUCCCGCAACGGGAGCAGAAUGCAUGCCUGGAAACGCAGUGGACACACGCAGUUUGGUUUUGCAGUGACUGGCAUUGGUGGAUGUGACAGCAGCAUUUGUAACUCGAACACUUUCUUUUUCUAUUUCACUGGAGCACAAUAAAUGGCUGUGACAUCAUCGAAGUCUUGGGGCCAGUUGUUUAGGAUUGUGGCUUAGAUAAUCCUCAUCCUCCUACAUAUAUAAAAGGUAUACAGACCCACCUAUAUACACUAGGGCCAGUGAGAUGGCUCAGAGCUGGUAAAGGCACUUGACACCACGUUUAUGACCUGAGUUCAAUCCUUGAGACCCACAUGGUCGAAAAGAAUCAGUUUCUACAAUAGCCUCUGACCUCCACACAGGCCAUGUGAUACAUACCCUUCCUUAAAUAAAUAUGUAUUUAAAAAUUAAAUAGAUACACCUACAGACCUCACACCACUACACAGGGUAAGCACAUUGCAAAUGCCACAUACAUUUAAACAAAACAUGAUCAGGAGUGUCCUGGGAAGGGUCCCAGAUUGUGUGCAAAUGGUGUGCACUGGUACUACUGGGCCAGAUAAUGUACCUAAUGUUGGCAGAGCUGUUGAGUAAUUAACCUUGGGGCACAGCUUUCUCU